AUGUGGAAAGAACUAAUGAACCAUAUAACAAGAUUUCGGGAUGCCAUUCAGAGCAGAGGUGAAGAAAUCAACGCUGCGCUAUUACCCAAUCAAAACGAUAACUCUAAUUCUAGUACUGAAUUGCCGAGUCUUCGAAAUUUGGCGAUUAGUACUCCGUUUAGUAGAGAAUCAACUUCUCCUACAUCAUCCGCUAGUUUAAAAUUUGAUAUUGUUAAUGAUUAUAAAAAAUUAGUUGAAUCCAUGGUUAAUGAAAUAUUUGAUAAAGCCAAAAAAUCGAAAAAGGCUUCAAAGAAAAAGUCAUCGUCAGUUUUUCAUUCAAACGUAGGCGAUAUUACGAGUACAAGUUCUUUAAACACUUCUCUAACUGCUAGAAACGAAACUGAAGAACCGCAACCUGGUCCAUCAGGUCUAUCAAAUUUCAAUAUAAAUCGUCGGGCGAAAUCUUUAAAAAAUGAAAACCCAACAUCCGUUUUCGAUGAAAUGCAUAAUAGAGAAGGAAAAAGAAAGCGAAUAAAUUCAGAGGGGUCUGAUCCUUUGAAAAGAUCUGAAAAAACCAAUAAUCAUUUUAAAUUAAAAAAUUUUUCAAGAGCUACGCAUUUACGUCGUUCGAGUUUAAGUUCUUCUAACAUAAACCUGAAAACUGCCGAUCGGGAAUCAAUGAGUUCUGGAAAAGCUCUAAAAAAAGACAAGAAUAUGACGAAACGUUUUGAAUCUAAUUUAAGCCAACUUAGCCAACCUUCAACGUCUAGAAGUUCUAUAUCUAAUGAAGCUUGCCAAUCUUGCGGGCAAAAGAAAAGACCAAUAAGAGAAAGCAAUAGGCCAAAGAGAAGAAAUACGGAUUCGCCCAGCAAUGCAGGCUCUUACGGUUCUUCAUCCAAAUUAUUGAAAAGCAACACAGGAGAACGCAACGAAGUUUUAAGGGAAGAAAGCGGUUUCGAUGAUCCUUUAGCCUCGACUUCCAGCAGAGAGCUCGCCAUACUCUCUCAAGAUCCCAUCACGAAGGAAUUACUUAAAGAAAUGAUAAAAACAAUGAAAGCGAGAUUAAGUCUUUUGAGAUUGGCUUCUUCCAGCGCUGGAGAGUACAUUAUAAACGAUAAAUACCGUGAACCUCAAAGAGCUUUACCCAGUUCCGACGAUGACUCCGAUGAAAGUGAAUCAAACGAAGAAAGCGAACAAGCUGCUUUACAAAAUAUACAAUCUAAUGAUGAUGCUAAUUCUAAUUCGGUGCAAGAUGCCACUCAAGUUCAUUCGAAAAAAUUACUCGAGUUUAUCGUAAAAAGUUUAACUCAAAUAUUUGGUAAAAAUUUUGGAGAUUUAAUUCAAGUUCUGGACGAACAAAUAUUUAAUUUACAUUUAUUAUUACACGUUGCAUUAGAAUGUACAGAUUUCCUUAGAGAAAUAAACUGGGGUGAUAGGUCACAGAAUGAGGAGGAACAAGGUAAUGAUGGAACCGAUAAUCAGUCAACGUCAGUUUCGAAUAAUGUUUCCGAAAGAAUUAGUGAAAGAAGAAGGAAUUUAAGCGGGCGUUCAAGGGAUCAACCUGGGGUUUCUACCACUCAAAAUGAUAACAUCAGAAGCGGAGUUACUAUCAAUCCAUUCGUGCCACCAAAUUUCCGAUUCGAACCAGUUAGCCCAGGUUCUGCGGCAGCUUUUCUAAGAAAUUCCAAUAGACCAUUUUUUUUGGAUUACCUUAGAAAAAGAAAAAGAAGAAUGACACGAUCUUCUCCCCCGAGGGAAUUAUUCAGUCCAAGUAGCAGUAGAAUGUCAUCCAUGUCAAAUUCUGAAGGUUCAUUUGAUACGAGAAGAGAUACUUUUUCACCAGACUAUUAUAUAAACAAUCGUUCAAAUCGUGUUCGCCUCAAUGUAAGAAAUAGUCAAGAAAGAGGAAAUAAUCCUCCGUCUGGAAUUAGAUCAUUUGAUAAUGAAAGUAAUAAUAGCGAAACUGGACAACCGCAUUCCUCGAACAAUAACAAUACAUUAAACAACCGCAGAAGCGGAAUCAACUAUUUUUCAAAUGGCAAUAACUCGCAUAACAACAAUGGUGGUAACAAUAAUAUCAUCAUAGUUACUGGUUUAAGCGGAGAUAACGAGGUAAAUAAUUCUGAGAGUAAUGUGAAUACUGAAAAUGCGGGAAGUGAAGAGAAUUCACUCAGAUCGAGUGGAACUAAUUCCUCUUUUGUGAAUAACAACCCAGCUCCGCCAUUACGAUCAAUGGAAGUAACACUUUCUCGUAAUGAAAACGGAGAUUUGAGCUUGAGGGACGAACGUCCCAUUUUUUGGAUUCGAUACGGUGGAAGUAACGAAUCAUCCGGUUCGACGAACAGUAUCGAGCCCAGAGUUAGCUCUUUUACUGUUCCCGUUGUACAAGUCAAUGAUAUUCCCGUUUCAGAUGUGUCUAUGCUAAGUCAACCACGUCAUCAACCUCAAUCCCCGACUCCGAGAAUACCAGAAGACGUGUGGAGAUGGCGAGCUUGGCGUCCAAGAUUACUUCACCCGAGAUACAAUGAUCCAAAUCCUUUCGAAGAUCAAGAUUCUAACAUAAACAAUUAUCGAGUAUUGAGAACUUCUGGAGGACCGCAUUUGGGAGUGUACACUUUAGAUCCGAUGAUUAUAACCGAUGCACCUUUAUCUCCUCAUCACAGGAUACAAGCUUGGGACUUUUCUAAAAUGAACAUUCCCGAUAUAUCUGAUAGAGAAGCAAAUGGCGUGGUACCAGAAUGUAAAAUUCACAAUGAUGCUAGCGUAGAUGUUUCUAACGAUGGACACCUUUUAGUUACCCUUCUUCCCUCCGGCAGACUUUCGGUGACUACUAUGUUGGGUGUUUACAGUCUAGACUGGGGUUCCUUAGGUCAGCUUUUGUACAGAACUAGUUUCGAACAAAAUGCAGUUUCCGUUAGUUUAUCUCCGACGAAUCGACAUUUACUAGUGGGAUUAGCGUCUCGACCCGUUGUGGUACGCGACAGAACGAACAUGGCUCAAAUUUUCCGAUUAGAAGGCGGGAAACCUUCUCCGAACGGUGGAAGCUGGCAAAGCGGAAGGGGACGUCUCGUUCAUAUUCGAGAUUUGGAACAAACACGAGAAUCAAAUGUUAUGAGUUUGAAUUGCAUACGUUGGGCUCCUGGAGCCGGACAAGGACUCGUAUAUGGGACCAACACCGGUCAGCUUAAGGUUUUACGAUAA